AUGACGGUUUCUACGCCGAAAACGAAACUCGGGCAAGUGCACUCAGCGAAAAUUGUUGAAAUGUGGAGCAAAUCGUAUCUGGGAGUAUUUCUGUUUUGUGUGCUGGCAAGCAGUGGAAAUUGCAUACCAGCUGGCUUACCCAGAUACAAUCAAUUGGGGCAAGGACCGCCUGCUGCUUUGAACAACAGUUUUGCGGCUGCCAACCUCCAACUGGGAUACCCAAAGGAGUCCACUUCAGUGGUGCCCGAUUUCGAGUAUGCCUUGCUGGGUCAGGAUCCAAAAGAUCAGGACUGGUAUCGAGUAAGUCUCACCCCGAAGACUAACAAAACUGGAUACCGAGCACAGUUUGCCACCCGGAAGCAUCCUCCUUUCGAUCAGGAAAUGGCUCACCGACACGACAAAACCAUUCAGGAUCUACUCAACUGGCUCGACCGUGCCGAAGAUCAAAGUCUGUGGAAAGUAUACAGGGACCUUUUAGGCCCUUCAACAGAACACCUUCCCGGUGCCAAAAAGAUUGAAAAUCAAGAACAAAUCACAAGAAAGCCACCAUGUCCGGAUCAGAAUCAGCAACUUCUGUUGGUGGGAGAUGAGGCAACGGAUACAACCACUUCCACAUCACAGCCACCAAAUGACGAUUCAUCCAAGACAGCCAAUAAUUUUGUUUAUUUCAUUAAAGGACUUAAGUGA